AUGGCUGGGAUUUCUGGCCACUCAGCAGACGAGGCGCGGGCUUCGGUUUCUCGAACGUAUGUUUGCCGCCUCUGUUCCCGCGACCGCAACGUCCCAGAGGCGGGCCCGAAGUCGGCGGAGGCACUCCUUGGAGUUAGCCUCUGUUUCGGCCUAACAAACAGACCCAGGCUUCUGCAGAGGUUGCGAUUGACUUCAAGAAUGGUACCUUUCUAUUUUCCUCCAUCAAAAUGUGCGCUUUGGAACCAAACACCAAUUGGAAAUUUCACCUACUUACAUCUUAAUUACUACAGAAACCCAAAACUUGUGGUGACUGAAAAGACCAUCCGACUUGCUUAUCGUCAUGCUAAGCAGAAUAAAAAAAACCUGCCAUGCUUUUUACUGGGUUCUCUCACAGUGGAUGAAGAUGAAGAAGGAGUGACAUUGACUGUAGAUCGCUUUGAUCCUGGUCGAGAAGUACCUGAAUGCUUCGAGAGAACUCCAACUGCUUCUCUUCCUGGGGACUUUUUGAUUCCAUGUAAAGUUGAUACACAAGGGCUUUGUUCAAGAGAAAUGGUAGUUCACAGUGCAGAUGACUUCAAUUCAGUUUUUAAGGCGCUGCAACACCAUAUAUGUAGCAAAGAUUCCUUGGACUGUGGUAAGCUGCUUUCCCUAAGAACUCACAUAACGACCAGGGAGAGUUUGGACUCUAUGGAUUUUGACUUUCAUUGGGCAGCAGUAACUCUAGCAAAUACCUUUAAAUGUACACCUGUGAAGCCCAUCCCUAUAAUUCCAACAGCGUUGGCAAGAAACUUGAGCAGUAAUCUGAGUAUUUCCCAAGUUCAAGGUACCUAUAAAUACGGAUAUCUUACCAUGGAUGAAACACGCAAAUUACUCCUUUUGCUGGAAUCUGAUCCUAAGGUUUACUCCUUACCAUUAGUGGGAAUUUGGCUGUCUGGAAUUAUUCAUAUCUAUAGUCCUCAGGUGUGGGCUUGUUGCUUGCGAUAUGUUUUCAGUUCUUCUGUUCAAGAAAGGGUAUUUUCAGAAUCUGGAAGUUUCAUCAUAGUUCUCUAUUCUCUGACACAUAAGGAGCCUGAGUUUUAUGAAUGCCUCCCUUGUGGUGGUGGGAAUACUGACCUUCAAUUUCAGUUGCUAACCAACAAGGAGACAUUACACCUUUUCAAAAAUGUUGAAUCUUCAGACAAAAAUCUAAUCUGUUUUGAAAUGAGUGCUGCAAGUCAACAUGCAGAAACAGAGUUUUUCAACAAGAUGUCAAAGGGUCUUUCAAAUAAGAGGUCUUCUCAGAAGUUGUCCACAGGGAAAAUGCCAGUAAAUGAUCAUGACUCAGGUGUUGAAGAUGAAGAUUUUUCUCCAAGACCAAUUCCUAGUCCGCACCCAGUGAGUCAGAAGGUGUCUAAGAUCCAACCAUCAGUUCCUGAACUUUCAUUCGUGUUGGAUGGCUAUUUCAUAGAAUCAGGCCCUCUCUGUAAUCCAUCGGAAAUGAUGAAUCAUGAAAGUCCUCCUUUGUUGAUUAGGAAUUCUGAGCACAUGGAGCCAGGGCAACCCCAGCUUUAUGAUGAGAAACACAGUCCAGAUGCUGAAGCUGGAAAGUCUUCUGUGAGAGAGCUACCAAAUAAAUUAGACCAAGCCACUGCUCCUUUGAGACAAUGCAAAGUUAGACAACCAACUACCUGUAAGAAAGGGAAUGCUCACAUCAGGAGCAGUGUUAAAUCAACUCUUAGUGAGCUAUCUCCUGAUAUAUCUGAAAAGCUUCAAGCAGUUUCUGAUGAAAAUGCACAAAGAGAAGAGUAUCCUACAAGAUCCUGUGCAUUUAAUUCUAGCCAGUCUUCUUUUGUUCCACAGUCUCACCCACACAACGUUGUGUUUUCAUCCCAUAAUUCAGGAAGGCCAGUAGAGCAUCAGAUACCAACUCCCCCACCACCAUCUUAUUAUUCCACAAAUGUUUGCCGUUGUUGUCAGUAUCAUAGCCAUGUUCAGUAUAGUCCGGUACAUUCUUGGCAAGGAGUGAACACAAUAGGAUCUGUUCAGGAUCUCCAAUGUGAAGCCCUUCAAAAGCACUCCUUGUUUCAUCCAAAUGGAUGUCCAGCUAUGUACCAUAAUACAUACUAUUCUUCAAGUAGUCCUCUUGCUGUGAAACCUCAGGGAAGUCUGGGUAAUUCUCCCCACAACAGUGCAGAACCAUCGCCUGUGGCAAGAUUGCCUGCACAUGUCGACUCAUGUAACCCACCACCUUGUGCAGUGUGCAUGCACACUCCCAAGACUGGAUCUGAUAAUGGAAUGAUGGGACUGUCUCCAGAUGCUUAUCGAUUCGUCACUGAACAAAACAGACAGCUGAGGCUACUUCAGGCACAGAUUCAGCGUUUAUUGGAAGCACAGCCUCUGCAGCCUUGUUCUCCUAAGAAAACUACUGGUGAAGACAGUGCAAGACAAAUGGAGUUGGUUUCCCUGGAAGCACAGUCUACUCCUGACUUACAAAUGAGAAAAGGUGUAAGCAUUGCUGUGAGCACAGGUGCUAGCUUGUUUUGGAAUGCAGCAGGUAAUGAUCAAGAGCCUGAGUCUCAGCAUAAACAAGAUGAUACGAAAAUUUCCAGUGAGGACAUGAAUUUUUCUGUUGAUAUUAAUAAUGACGUCACAAGUCCUCCAGGUAGUGCAUCUUCAUUAAAAGCUGUUGACAUUCCCAGUUUUGAAGAGAGCAACACUGUGGGAGAAGAAUUCAAUCAGCCCCUUUCUGUAUCCAACUCAUCUCUGGAGAGAAAAGACCCAAAUGUGCCAGUGUUCUUUCCAAAUUCCCUGUUGGCAGAGAGUGUAAGCAUGUGCUUACAGAUUGGACCAACAGAGGGUACUAGUAACAACUCUGUGACAUCAGAGGAACCAAAACCUGAGCAAGUAAUGCAACCUUUGCCUCAUCAACCAUCAGACAACCAGAAAAUUUACCAGGAUUUGUUGGGUCAAGUGAACCAUCUUUUAAAUAACUCUUGUAAAGAAACAGAACAACCAUCUACAAAAGCAGUAAUUAUCAGUCAUGAAUGCACCAGGACUCAAAAUGUUUACCAUACAAAGAAAAAAAAACAUGAUUCAGGAUUGGUGGACAAAGAUUGUGUUCUUAAUGCAACCCUUAAGCAACUAAGAAGCCUUGGAGUGAAGAUUGAUUCUCCAACUAAAGUGAAGAAAAAUGCUCAUAAAGUGGAUCAUGCCAGUGUGUUGGCAUGCAUCAGUCCUGAAGCUGUGAUCUCUGGACUAAACUGCAUGUCGUUUGCUAAUGUUGGCAUGAGUGGUUUAAGCCCCAGCGGUGUGGAUCUGAGCAUGGAGGCAAAUGCUAUAGCUCUGAAGUAUCUAAAUGAAAAUCAACUGUCACAGCUGUCUCUCACUCGAUCAAAACAAAGUAACAGUGACUCAUCUUUUAGCCUUUUACAUAUUAACACAGACAAAAGCACAGUGGGACUUAGUUUAAUUUCACCAAGCAACAUGUCAUUUGCCACCAAAAAAUAUAUGAAGAGAUACGGACUCAUACAAAGCAGUGACAAUAGUGAGGAUGAAGAAGAGUCUUUGAACAAUACAGAUAACAAGAGUGAACAUUUAUCAAAUCAGAACCUUACAUCUUUACCUAAACAACUUGUUUGUCAGAAAGAACCUCCGAAGAAUGCCUGUGAAGUAAUCACUUGUUAUAGCUCUGAAUCUGCAGACACGCACCCAGAUACACCAGUACUGAGAAAUAUUACAAAUGAAGUGGCCCCACCAAAGGCAACACAGCAGAUGCAUGAAAACCCGGUUUUCUUAUUAAAGAACUUUAAACCAAGUCCUGCAGUGAACCUUCGAACUGGUAAAGCAGAGUUUACCCAGCAUCCUGAGAAAGAAAAUAAAAAGGACACUCCAAUUUUUCCUGAAAGCUUGCAACCUUCUGAAACUUUCAGGCAGAUGAAUAGCAUGAAUUCCGUCGGUACAUUCUUAGAUGUAAAGCGUCUUAGGCAGUUGCCAAAAUUAUUUUAA